AUGCAGGGCAUUCACCAGGUCGAUCUCACGGUUGUGCAUUCCCUGGUCCGCCGCAUGAUCAUCUUCAUCAGUGAACGCUACAUCGACUGCGGGAACAUUUUGGCGCGGAUUCAAGCAAGCGACUGUCGCCCUUCCUUGCGCGUCACUCGUGAAGCCGCACCGUCACGGCAGAAGGCGUGGAUGGUGACGGACGCUCUCAACGCCACAUUUCGCUUGCACGGGGAAGAGCUGACGGGGUACAGUGACGCGCCUCGUAACCUGGAGUCUUGCUUCAAGACCUGUCGUUCCUAUGUGCUGUCGGCAGUGGACAACCUGCAGCGGAGAUUCAAGGACCUCGACACCUUGAACGGCUCUAAGCUGUUCAUGCCCGACACCUGGCCGCGGGACACUGCUUCACGGAAUGACGAGUGUGUGGCCCACCUGGACGCUCUAUUCCAGAUGUUCCACAUCGGCGAGAGGCGGGAGGUGCUUCCUGGUGGGUUGCGGAUGCCAGUUGAAGCAGUUCCAACGCGCAUAACCAUGAUCUAA